CCUACCCACGUUCCUAUUAGCGGCCGCCAAUCACCGGGUGCAGGCGGGUGAUUCCCUGCGGCGCCUGGUGAUUACCGAGCAUCUCCGACGGGAGGAGGACUGCUUUGUUUACUAACAGUCCUCCUCCCUGUCAGCUCGGGCUUCUUCUCUGGAUGGUUGUGCACAGCAGUGAAGCACCAACACACCACCCCCCAGUAAAACACUCCCAGCACACAGUUAAGACUUUGAUCGCCCCUCAUGUUAACCCCUUCCUGCCCAGUGCCAUUAGUACAGUGUCAGUGCUUUUUUUUAGCACUGAUCACUGUAUUGGUGUCACUGGGGAAGUCAGUGACACCAAGUCAGUUCCCCCCAGUCUCAGAAUGCCCACCGCAGUCCCG